AAAAGGAAGUAGCGGUUCGAUCCGUAAGCGCUCUGAGAGCCCUACUAAUUCUACCGCUAAUGCUACUUUUAUCGUUUCCAAUGCUUCUCAACCUUCUCCAACUACCACUAAACCUUCUUCUUUCCUUUUCGGUAAAUCCCCUUUCUCUUUAUCAAUAAAUUCCCCUUCUCAAUCUUCAAAACCUCCUUCAAGGUUAGGAAAAUUUAAUAUUAGACAUCCAAAAUCUUCUACUACUUGUAGAAAAGCUUUACCAAUUACUCCUCCUGAAUUGGCUGAAAGAUUAAGAGAUUCUUCAUCACGUAACUCAAAAAUUGAUGAUGAAUGCUCUCAAUAUUUUGAUGAUUAUAAUAAAUCUUUUAAAUCAUCUAAUCCUAUUCUCAUCGAUGUACGUAAUUUAUGUUUGUAUCAAGAUCAACAUAUUCGUGAUUCUUUCAAUGUAAAUCUUCCUACCCUUCUUAUUAAACGUUAUCGUCGUGGAAAUAUGAACAACUUUUCUUUGGUUUCUUUCAUAACAACUCCUGAAGGUCGUGAUAAAUAUAUUGAUAAAGUUCAAGAUGAUACUUCUAAUUUUAAUAAUGAUGUAAUAAUCUUUGAUGGGACAAUGGAUGAAAAUGAUAAAGUUAGUCCUGGUUGGACUUUAUUAGGUGUUUUGGAACGCGCUAUGUUAAAUCAUCAUUAUAAUUCUUCUUCUGAGAACAUUGAUCAAAAUAAUGAUACUCCUAAAGGACGCGUUUAUUGGCUUAGAGGUGGUUUUGAAGCUUUUCGAGCCUGGGAUCAACAAGGUGAAUUCUUAGUCACGAGACCUGACGUUGAUGCUUUUUCGGAUAAUGAUAAUCCUUCUUUAAUGGAUCUCGAAGGUCAAGAUCAACCAAAAAGUGGUGCUGGAUUAGUUCGUAGAGAUUCUUUGUUUUCU